AUGUCUUUUUUCGAGCUGCGUAACAAGUGGCACCUUGGUUUCUGCAACUGGAACUUCACCCCGACCUACCGCGGCUUCGACUCCUUCUACGGCUACUACAACGGAGCGGAGGACUACUACACUCACGUUGUCGCUAACGGCCUGGAUCUAAGGGACAACAAAGACGUGGUGAAGACGAAGAGCGGGCAGUACGGCACGUACUUCUUCACGGACCGUGUUGUGGACAUAGUAGAGAAGCACCCCGCCGACACGCCGCUGUUCAUGUACCUGCCCUACCAAAACGUGCACCAGCCACUGCAGGUUCCCAAACGGUUUGAAGACAUGUACGCGAGCGUUCAGGAUGAAAACAGGAGAAAACUUCUCGGUAUGGUGAGCGCCUUGGAUGAGGCUGUCGAUAACGUUACCAUGGCGAUGAAGAAGGCGGGACUAUGGGACGACACUCUUGUGAUCUUUACCACUGACAAUGGCGGGUGGAUCUCUGCCAGCGGUAACAACUACCCCCUGCGCGGCGGGAAGGUGACGCUGUGGGAGGGGGGCACCAGAGGAGUGGCCUUCGCGCACGGCAAGAUGCUGCAGAAGACUGGAUACACCAACAACGAGAUGAUCCACGCUGUGGACUGGUUCCCAACGAUCCUGGCGGCUGCGGGUGGCACUGCAGAUGAGGCUAUAGACGGGGUUAGUCAGCUGGACACCAUCAUGUCCGGGCAGUCCUCCCCACGGACCGAGUUUGUCUACAACAUUGACGACGAGUUUCCCACCAAACAGGGGGCCAUCAGGGUUGGUGACUACAAGCUGAUCGAGGGGUAUGCUGGGAAGCCUGACGGGUGGAUCCUUCCCCCGAACCUGGCGGGCAGUCAGCCGGACAGCGGAGAUCCCGUCAUCGGGACAUGGCUGUUCAACCUGAAAGGUGAGACUCACUCACUUUCAGCCGGACAGCUGGGACCCCGUCAUCGGGACGUGGCUCUUCAACCUGAAAGUCAGCUGGACAGCGGAGACCCCGUCAUCGGGACGUGGCUGUUCAACCUGAAAGAUGACCCGACAGAGCACCACAACCUGGCGGACUCCAUGCCAGACAAGCUGCAGCUAACGUUAGUUCCCCUUUAUCCGGGGGUAGCCUAUAUCUGUGUCUUUUCAGAUGACCCUACAGAGCACCACAACCUGGCUGACUCCAUGCCAGACAAGCUGAGGGAGAUGCAGGCGAAGCUGCACCUAACGUUAGUUCACCUUUAUCCGUGGGACGACCCGACAGAGCACCACAACCUGGCUGACUCCAUGUCGGACAAGCUGCACCUAACGUUAGUUCCCCUUUAUUCGGGGGUUACCUAUUUCCGUGUGUUUUUUUCAGACGACUCCACAGAACACCACAACCUGGCUGACUCCAUGCCGGACAAGCUGAAGGAGAUGCAGGCGAAGCUGCACCUAACGUUAGUUCAGCUUUAUCCGCGGGGUAACCUAUAUCCGUUGUCCAUGUCUUUUCCAGAUGACCCCACAGAGCACCACAACCUGGCGGACUCCAUGCCGGACAAGCUGAAGGAGAUGCGGGCGAAGCUGGAGCAGUACAGGAAGAGCCUGGUGCCGGCCAUCUUUCCAGCGCCGGACCCCAAAUCCAACCCGGACAACUGGGGAGGGGCGUGGUCACCCGGCUGGUGCUAGGCAACGGGGUGUGGUCACCCGGCCGUUGCUAGGCGACAGUACUAGUCGUCUGACUUGCAUCGCUUUUCCUAAAAUCAUUCGUUGAAACGCGGUGUAAUUUUCAUACAAUAUAUGUCAUGACUAAGGUUACGUUUCUACUUUUAUUGAACGUAUAGAUUGUGUUAAACUGCAAUUGCAAAACGUAUAUCAUAAUACAAGGGAAUUAUGAUAUUG